GAGAAGACUGCUGACUUCCCCUUUGCUGAGUUCUCUCUGGUGAAGAAUGCAGGGCAAAAUUGUACUUGUUUAAUGGACAGGCACAAUGAACAUCAUCUCUGCCAGCCUCACCUGUACAACGUGAACAUUGUGCUGGAGUGCCAACUCAUUGCAUUUUCUGCCCACAAGGGCGUGCUGGCUGCCCAUAGCCCCUUCUUCCGGGCCCUCCUAUCACUAUACCACAUAAACCUGGCCUUUGAGGUUCUGACUAUCAAGGGCUUGAAGCUCCUCAACUUCAUCUGUUCCUCCAGGCUGCUGGCGUGGGACUGCACCAUCUUCUACAUCCUGCAAACAGCCAUUGUUCUCCAGAUGAGUGAUCUAGAAAGCUCCUGCCACAAGCUCCUCAAAAGCCAAUCACUUGGCUCAGAGAUGGCUGACAAAGAGUGUGAAGACAUUGCCUCGUCCAAUCAGAUGUACCGAGAGAUCAAGAUGAAGGAACUUGAGAAGAUGUACACACAGCAAGGAAAUGGUACUUUUUCAUUGCUUGUAGAGGAGAGUAGGGCAGCACACCUCUCAAUUAACCAGACAAAUGUAUCUAGUGUGCAGUCACACCAAACCAGCCCUAAGACCAAGCUCUAUUACAAAAAGGAUGAAAGUGGAGGGGGAGGGGCUAGCAGAGGAGUGCGUGGCUUAUGCACAAUGGAGGGAGGAGCUGGUCUCAAUGAAGCUGGACCCCAGGAUAGUACAGUCUCCUUUACCAGAGAGCAGAUCAUUGUGGAGGUCAAUCUCAACAAUCAAACAUUAAAUGUCUCCAAAGGGUCUGAUGGAAAGGGCAUCACAUCAAGCACCUCAGGCCUUCUUGUUCAGCAUCACAGCAAUAUUUCAGGUAUGGAGGAGGGCAAGGAACAAAACCAUAAUGAAGAUGUUGGGAAGGAAGAAGAAGAGUAUGAACAUGAAAAGGAAGAAAUGGAUGAUUGCAGCAAUGAUGAUGAUGGAGAUGAGCAAGAUGAGGAGGAGAACAACGUCAACAUUCCAGAGGUGGGACGUACUAGCAUGGAAAGACCACGACGUGCCACAAGAACAUCAACAGGCGUGGAAGCGGCCGUCACCAUGAAACAGACACUAAUAGGCUCCACCAUAGCAGUGCGAGUGGAGGGGAGGAAGAGGAGAAUAGAGCAGGAGAGCCUCGGCCAAAAGGUGAAGCUUGAAGAGAAGCAACACUUUUCCUGUAAGAAAUGUCCUCGCAUUUUUAACAACCGCUGGUAUCUGGAGAAGCACAUGAACGUUACUCACAACCGCAUGCAGAUCUGCAACAAAUGUGGCAAACGCUUUUUAUUGGAAAGCGAGCUGCUACUGCACCAUCAAACCAGCUGUGAGAAAAGCAUACAGUGUUUGACCUGUGGGAAAGCCUUUAAAAAGCUGUGGUCUUUACACGAACACAACAAGAUAGUCCAUGGAUAUGCGGAGAAGAAGUUCUCAUGUGAAAUCUGUGAAAAGAAGUUCUACACCAUGGCCCACGUCAGGAAACACAUGGUUGCUCACACUAAGGAUAUGCCAUUCACUUGUGAGACAUGUGGAAAGUCCUUUAAACGCAGCAUGUCUCUUAAAGUGCACUCUCUUCAGCAUUCUGGAGAAAAACCCUUCAAGUGUGAGAAUUGUAGUGAAAGGUUCCAGUACAAAUACCAGCUGAGGUCUCAUAUGAGCAUCCAUAUCGGACACAAGCAGUUCAUGUGCCAGUGGUGUGGCAAAGACUUUAACAUGAAGCAGUACUUUGAUGAACACAUGAAGACUCACACUGGAGAAAAGCCAUACAUCUGUGAGAUCUGUGGAAAGAGCUUCACGAGCCGACCCAAUAUGAAACGACACCGACGCACUCACACAGGCGAGAAACCGUACCCCUGUGAUGUUUGCGGCCAGCGCUUCCGCUUCUCCAACAUGCUCAAAGCACACAAGGAGAAGUGCUUCCAGGUCAACAACUCCCUCAACCCCAACCCUCUGGGCCUGGACCCCACAUCAGCUGAUAUGAACACACAGGCCAAUCAGAUAUCCAGCCAGCCCAUAUCCCCUCCCGGCGAGGCGUCGACACUCCACCAGGUCAAGUCUCUCUCACUUCCCUUCGUUCACUCGAUUGUAGGUCUUCCCACUCAACCGCCCCUGUUUUCCACUGAAAGGGUUAACUCCAAAAACUAAUUUUAAGUUUAAGGUUGGAGGUCAUUUGAUUUGUUUAUUUUCUGAAACCCAAAGCUUGCAGUAGCUCCACUGACUCCCCUUGAGCUUUGUGAUUCAAAGCAAAUGUGAGUCACUCGCUAAGGGAUUUCGAAGCGUGCCGAGCGAAGUCUAAGACUUCUGGCGGGUGUUUGAACAGUGUGUGACACUAAAUAUUCCUUUAAACUGUGCAAAUGUUCACUUAUAUUAUUGUCAUAGAGAUAUUUUAUAUACUGUUAAAAUAAGCUUCUCGUAUUACCGAAAGAAAGAAAAUGUUCUCAUUUUUGAUGAUGUAUGUUGCAUAUUUCUGUGAGCUACAGGAUUAGCAUUUAGCAUUACAUAUAGCAUUUUAUAGACAUUCAUGCUUUUACCUUUCAUCUAACCAUAAAUUCAAGACUUAGUUAACUCAAAAAUGAAAAUUCUCAUUUACUCACCCUCAUGUUGUUCUAAACACAUACCAAAUAGGAAUUGAGGCUGCCACUCCCUAAUAUUCUGCCUAGCAUCUUCAAUUGAGUUUCACAGAAAAAAUAAAGUUAUGUGGGUUUGGAACAAAAUGAGAAUGAGUAAAUAAUGACAGAAUCUUUUUUUUUUGGGUGAACUAUGCCUUUAAAAGUCGAGAUUAGAUGUUCAUGCUGAAGACUAUGGAAGCCCAGGAGUGCCAUUUACAAAAGAAUGAAGGAAUAAAUUAUCAGUCUGUUAAUUUGAAAUUUUUUAUUUGAAUAAAUAAACCAAUUUAUAAAUAGACAAAUAAAUAGACACAUUUAAAUGUGAAUAAAUAAACCAAUUUUAAAAUGUACAAAUAAAUAGACACAUUUAAAUCUGUUUAUUUAAUUCAUGUUUUAAAAUGUCAUUAUAUUUAACAAUAAAAUUGUGCAUUACUAAAUCAUAUUUAAAUGCACCAUUUAAAUUGUGUUUUAAAAUGCAUUUUGCUAUUGCUUUUCUUCAUUCAUUUGCCAGUUGCUUUUCUUUAUUGUUUGACUUUUCCUUUUUGUUUUUACCAUUUGUCAAUUCAUACCAGCUGAAGCCCAGGAUUGCCAGUUAAAAAAGAAUGAAGGAAUAAAUUAUCAAUCUAUUCAUUUGAAAAUAAAAACUCAAUUUAUAAAUGGACAAAUAAAAAGACACAUUUAAAUGUGUUUAUUUAAUUAAUGUUUAAAAAUGUCAUUGUAUGCUAUCACGCUAUUCUCUGCGGCAUCCACGCACAACUCACCACGUGCCCCACCGACAGCGAGAACCACAUUAUAGCGACCAAGAGGAGGUUACCCCAUGUGACUCUACCCUCCCUAGCAACUGGGCCAAUUUGGUUGCGUAGGAGACCUGGCUGGAGUCACUCAGCACACCCUGGAUUCGAACUUGCGACUCCAGGUGUGGUAGUCAUCGUCUUUACUCACUGAGCUACCCAAUUGCUUUUCUUUAGUCAUUUGCCAAUGGCUUUUCUUUUUCGUUUUGCUUUUCCUUUUUUCUUUUUCCUUUCCUUUAACCAAUUGAGAAUCGAGUUAAAAAAAUCCCAUUGGACUGUUGACUCGUGAGAGUAACCAAUGAACUUUCGACUCAGUUAUAAGACACACCCCCUGUCCUAUGUGCCACUUGAAGAGGUUGUAAGAUGGCCUGUCAUUGGACGACGGUACGAGCAGUUUACGUGAUAUUAUUGGAUCUGUGAAUCCCAUGCACAAGAAACGGAUGCGAAACAGAUCACAUGGUGGCUCAUUCACUGUUGCUGUGAAAUACUGAACACGGCCCUACCUGAGCCUGCACAGUGAUAUUUGUCCAGGAUGGGAGGUGGUAAUCAUGAUGUUGUGAACAGAACCAGCCUCCCGCCCUGUGGCCUGAACUGAAACACAUGACGGAGGUGAGCAAGGGCAACAGCUUGAGUCGCUGGAGAAAGCCGAUGAACUUUCCAGAACUUAUACUGAAGAAAACGCACAUCCCUUUUCAGUAAUAUCACAUUCAUAAAAAAAACACUGUAUGAUCAUCUUUAAAUAUUUUAUUUUUAUUAAAAUAAUUGCCUGUGUAUGAUCGAGAACAGGCGGACUGUCGGAAUGACGGUCAGCUGAGGAUACAGAGAAGGCAGCGAGCAAAUUUUGUUGAACAAAUGGCAGUGUUUAAUCUAAUGUUGUUUAUUAUGAAAGUGUCUCUUUCAAAUGAAUAUAUAUAUAUAUAUGGGGUUGGGAGGGUUACUUUUGAAAUGUAUUCUACUACAGAUUACAGAAUACAUGCUGUAAAAUGUCAUUUGUAAUGUAUUUCAUUAGAUUACUCAUGGUCAGUAACGUAUUCUAAAUACUUUGGAUUAUUUCUUCAGCACUGGUAGAUUUUUUCAUUUGUUUUGACUAUAAAAACUCUGCCAGUACAGUAAGACAAAAUACACGUUAAAAUACAUUCUCUGAAAAACCUAAAUAUCUUAUGCAGUGUUGUUUCUAAAACAAGCUAAAUCAAAUUUAUCUUGUUUUAAGGAUUUUUAGAUAUUUUUACAGGAAAACAAUACAAAAAUUACUAUCAAGAAUACGAUUUUUGCCCUAAUAUCAAAGGUCUUAAUAGAAAAAAGAAAUUGUGAUUCAACGUGAAUUUCUUGAUAAAAAAUAUGAUCGUGCCUGGUAACGUGCAUGUAAAAUGGCUAGAAAUAGCAUUUUAGCUUAGCGUAAAGAUGACAAUUUACACAAGGUUUAUUUCUUCUGCUCCAAACUUACUUCAGACUUCAAACUUACUUCUCUGUCUGCUCGUAUGAAUGUAACACAUCAUAAGAAAGUGUUUCACCGCUGUUCAAAUGCACUUUGGAUCGCAUCAUUUAUAUGUAUAAAUGUUUUCCAUCUGAAAGGACUAAAUAUUAAAUGAAACAAAUGACAAUAAAAUGCAAAGUAAUCUCUUCAGUAAUCAAAAUACUUUUUGAAUGUAACUGUAUUCUAAUUACCAAUUAUUAAAAUUGUAACUGUAGUGGAAUACAGUUACUUACAUUUUGUAUUUUAAAUACGUUUUCCCGCUACAUGUUUUCCGUUACUCCCCAACCCUGUAUAUAUAUAUAUAUAUAUAUUAGGGCUGCCCCCGACCAAAGAUUAUCCUAGUCAACUAGUAGGCAUUAAUUUAAGCCAUUAGUCAACUAGUCGCACGUUUAUGGUUUUAAUUUGAUUACUUGUAUAUAUAUUGGGGGGCAUCAGAAAAUGGUUUGAAUUCCAGGGCUGAGAAAGAAUGUUAUAAGUAACAUUGCUAACACUGUUCUACAUUACAGAGAAAUACUAAACCGUAUUAAUGAGCCUUUAAAAUAUAAAUUUUACAAGCACACGCACUAAGCGAUCCGCAGCGACACCGGCAAAAGCGGUAAUGAUUCUGAAUGUGUCGGAAAAACCGGCAAGGAGACUGUCUGAACAUUUUGUUAAUUUAUAGAGAGAAAUGCACAUUAGGGUUGUGCCGACAGACGAUGAUCUCGGGGAUCAACGAUGGUCAGAGUGAUCGCCAAUAGCUGAUGCCUUUGACGAUGUCAAGACGAUAUUUGUCACUUUUUCCCAUUAAUGUAUUAAAUUAAUUAUUAUUAUUAGGCUAUUAUUAUUAUCAAGUUAAUAUUACAAAUAAUUUGCCUGUAGACACACAGGCACGCGCUUGAAGAAACAGUUUAUUUUUAAGAACAGAUGACAGAAAAGCAGUCUAUGCGCAUGUCUGAUGCGCUGUUUGUACGGAGGCGUGCAGUCUCAUGGAACACACGUAUGUAAAUGGUUCUCACUCUUUCUUUAUUUCUGUCUUCUGAAUUGUUUUUUUUUUUUUUUGCAAGAACAAUAUCGUUUAUGAGUGCUGCAAAUGACCUCAUACAUCUCAGCUCAGGAGGUGCUUUGAGUUCAGUUCGCUUUAUUUCCACAUUCCAACUCUGCAGCCUAUACAUCUGUGAUUAAAACAUAAAAUAAUACAAAAAAACACGUUCACCUCGAACCGUGAUUUAUAUUUCAGUGAUUAUUAUCAUAUAUGUAAUUAUCAUAAUAUUAUAAUUAUUAUUUUUACAUUUAUAAUUGUUAUUAUUUCUUCAUUUGUGUAAGCAAUUUUCCUCCUGCAUAUUUAGACGGAUACUUGCCUGACAGUAAAUGGAGAGGUGGCUACUUAUAUACAGUUGUGCUCAAAAGUUUGCAUACCCUGGCAGAAAUUGUGAAAUUUUGGCAUUGAUUUUGAAAAUAUGACUGAUCAUGCAAAAAAAAAAUAUUUAAGGAUAGUGAUCAUAUGAAGCCAUUUAUUAUCACAUAGUUGUUUGGCUCCUUUUUAAAUCAUAAUGAUAACUGAAAUCACCCAAAUGGCCCUGAUCAAAAGUUUACAUACCCUUGAAUGUUUGGCCUUGUUACAGACACACAAGGUGACACACACAGGUUUAAAUGGCAAUUAAAGGUUAAUUUCCCACACCUGUGGCUUUUUAAAUUGCAAUUAAUGUCUGUGUAUAAAUAGUCAAUGAGUUUGUUAGCUUUCAUGUGGAUGCACUGAGCAGGCUAGAUACUGAGCCAUGGGGAGCAGAAAAGAACUGUCAAAAGACCUGCAUAACAAGGUAAUGGAACUUUAUAAAGAUGGAAAAGUAUAUAAAAAGAUAUCCAAAGCCUUGAAAAUGCCUGUCAGUACUGUUCAAUCACUUAUUAAGAAGUGGAAAAUUCAGGGAUCUAUUGAUACCAAGCCAAGGUGAGGUAGACCAAGAAAGAUUUCAGCCACAACUCUCAGAAGAAUUGUUCGGGAUACAAAGAAAAACCCACAGGUAACCUCAGGAGAAAUACAGGCUGCUCUGGAAAAAGACGGUGUGGUUGUUUCAAGGAGCACAAUACUUGUUGACCCCUCUCCAAACAUAGCGCUUAUGGUUGUGACCAUAAAGCUCUAUUUUGGUCUCGUCACUCCAAAUUACAGUGUGCCAGAAGCUGUGAGACAUGUCAAGGUGUUGUCGGGCAUAUUUUAACCGGGCUUUUUUGUGGCAUUGGCUUCUAUCUGGCAACUCGACCAUGCAGCUCAUUUUUAUUCAAAUAUCGUCAUAUUGUGCUCCUUGAAACAACCACACCGUCUUUUUCUGAACUCCAGGGGUUGCAGCCAGCGUAUUUUACCAUUGAGCUAACCAGACCCCAAAUCAGAAGAUUUUUAAGAUCAUGAAAAACAUUUCAGUCAAGUGUUUCAAAACAUUUGACCGGUAGUGUAUAUAUAUAUAUAUCGUGAAGGAGGGAAUAAAUGAAUUUAUUCACACACAUGAUGUAUUUUCCCGGACAACAAAAUACCUGACCGGUAGAGAAUGCACAGAUGAAGUAGGUUCUUUACCAGAGAGAUGUUGACAACUGUUGUAAAGCCAUCUUUCAAAAAGUUGAACAACACCCAUUUUAAUUGCACUUAAUUGUUUUCCAGUUUCAUUUGAAUUUUUUGUUAAAAUAAAUAAAAAAUAAAGUUCAAAGUUUGAAAUCAAGGUGUCUUGCUUUAUUGUGUAGGCUUAACCCUAACCCUGCUUAACGAAAAUUAACCCAUAGUACCACCUAGCGUCCAACCAGGGGUUCGUCGGUUUCCUGAGUAGUUUUGUUUUUUUUCAGCGACCAACCGACCAAUCAAAACUUGGUCGAUCAAGACUCUUCUCAUUGACUAACGUUUGGUUGACUAUCAGGGGGCAGCCCUAAUAUAUAUAUAUAUAUAUAUAUAUAUAUAUAUAUAUAUUCCACACCAGCCUGCUGUUUAUAUCUGUUUAUAA